GCUGGACUGCUGCUCCUCCUGCUAUGAUGCCUGGGCAGAUUCCAGACCCUUCCGUGACUGCGGGCUCUCUGCCAGGGCUCGGCCCCCUGACCGGACUCCCCAGUUCGGCUCUGACUGCAGAGGAGCUGAAAUACGCCGACAUCCGCAACAUCGGGGCCAUGAUCGCCCCUUUGCACUUCCUGGAGGUGAAACUGGGCAAGAGGCCCCAGCCUGUGAAAAGUGAGCUAGAUGAGGAAGAGGAGCGAAGGAAAAGGCGCCGGGAGAAGAACAAAGUCGCAGCGGCCCGAUGCCGGAACAAGAAGAAGGAGCGGACAGAAUUUCUGCAGCGGGAAUCUGAGCGACUGGAACUCAUGAACGCAGAGCUGAAAACCCAGAUCGAGGAGCUGAAACUUGAGCGGCAGCAGCUCAUCCUAAAAACCGGCAUCGCCACCUGCAUCGUCAGAACCGACAGUGUCAAGACUCCCGAGUCAGAAGGCAACCCACUGCUGGAGCAGCUGGAGAAGAAAUGACCAUGGGCUGGGAGGAGGAGGAGGAGGAGGAAGAAGAGGAAGAGGAAGAGAUAAUGAAAGAGGGAGGAGGAGGAGGGUCCCAGAGGGCCCUUCCUUGCUGCAUCAAAAACUUUUCAAUGAGGCUCAGCACAGCCAGCAUCGGCCGGGCUUUUUUUGUGAAAUUCACAUCAGCCACACCAGGGGAAGAACAGGCUGAUGAAACCCAGGACCAAGCGCUGAGACCAAAGUAGCCCCGCGGGUGGGGCCGUCCUGCCUGGGGCCAGGCUUGAAGGAGGCAGGACAGAGGCUCUGGGCCGGAGAGACGCCCAACCAGGCAGCCACGGGCACUUCUCCGGCCUCUCUGCCAGGGCACCCACCCAAGGGACCUCCGAGCAGCCAGGAAAAGCCAUGAGUUGCAACCAAAAUGUGGCUGAGGAUGGAACUCCGAGUGAAACUGCAACCUGCCUGCCCCCAGCCCUGACCCCUGACCCCGAAUCGAGGCUGGAGAGGGGCACGAAGCGGGGCCUGAGGUACCCACCCGCCCCGGUCCAGCGCGGUCCUGCCCGGGAGCGGCAGCCGGGGCGCACCCUCGCCGGCCUCGCUGGAGUUGCUGUGGGCACGAGGCGCGGGCGCCCUUCCAAAGCACAUACUCACUGAAUGUUUACAGACUGGCUGUCCUGGCAGGGCUUUCAACUGCACAUGUUUUUUAUACUUUCCUUUUUUUUUUUUUUUUUUAAUAUUUUUUACAAAAAAAAGAUUUUAUACAAGCAAUAUAUAUAUGGAUUUCUAUAAUCACUCGAUGUGAUACAGUAUAAAUAUGCUAUGGUUUGUUUGUUACGAACAGAUAUCUAGCAGUUAUGGCCGUUGUGUGUAACUCCUAAGUACUGUAGUCUCUGGGUGUUGGGGGUGGCCGGGUGGGGGUGGGGUGCAUUUCCAUCCUGGUAAACCCUUCAUAGUACUCAGUCCUGUAUCGCUCAGUAAACGUUACUCUUACUUACA